CGCUGAAGGAAGAAGAGAAUGGCCGAGACAAAGAGAAUGUCACAUUCAGAGAUAACAACAAUGGCAAAGUAUUGUGCUAAGUAUAAUUCCAUGGAAAACAGGUCACGGAGGUUUACUUUCACUUGUAAGAAUGGAAGAUAAUUUCUGUCCAGCUAGCUUAGUUAGCUCCUGUGAGUCUGCUGCCUGAGACUUGAUUAGUCACUUGCCUUCACGCAAUAAGUCUACAAAAGUCAUAUUCGUGGUAUAACCUUGACGGAAUGUUCUCACCUGGAAUUCACCACCUGGCCGCCAUCUUGAAGCGGGCAACAUCGCCAUCUAGUGGCAGAUCAAUGAAGUGUCAGCAUCUUAACUUUAUUAAAGGCCUACUGAAACCCACACAAUACGAAGGUCCUGCAGUCCUGGGUUCAAAUCCAGGCUCGGGAUCUUUCUGUGUGGAGUUUGCAUGUUCUCCCCGUGAGUGCGUGGGUUCCCUCCAGGUACUCCGGCUUCCUCCCACCUCCAAAGACAUGCACCUGGGGAUAGGUUGAUUGGCAACACUAAAUUGGCCCUAGUGUGUGAAUGUUGUCUAUCUGUGUUGGCCCUGCGAUGAGGUGGCGACUUGUCCAGGGUGUACCCCGCCUUCCGCCCGAUUGUAGCUGAGAUAGGCGCCAGCGACCCCCAAAAAAGGGAAUAAGCGGUAGAAAAUGGAUGGAUGGGAUGAAACCCACUACUACCCACCACGCAGCCUGAUAGUUUGUAUAUCAAUUAUGAAAUAUUAACAUUGCAACACAUGCCAAUACGGCCUUUUUAGUUUACUAAAUUACAAUUUUAAAUUUCCCGGGAGUUUUGUCUUGAAAACGUCGCGUAAUGAUGAGGUGUACGCAAGACGUCACGGGUUUUUAGGAAGUAUGAGCGCUGCACACACACACAGCUAAAAGUCGUCUGCUUUAACGGCAUAAUUACACAGUAUUUUGGAGAACUGUGUUGCUGAGUCUUUUGCAAUUUGUUCAAUUAAUAUUGGAGAAGUCAAAGUAGAAAGAUGGAGUUGGGAAGCUUUAGCUUUUAGCCACACAAACACACGGUGAUUCCUUGUUUAAAAUUCACGGAGUUGAAACUUUCCUAUGGAUACAGCGGACAUGGAUCCAGACCACAUGUCAACCAGCAGGUUUCGGUGAGAAAAUUGUGGUUGAAAAGUCGCCACCUACCGGAUAUCAGCUGCCGUCGACAUCCCCGAGACACUGCGCGUCAACACCCGGCCGUGGAGACACACCGCCGACUAUCAGGCGCAAGAAAAGGUCCACAAAAUGCAAAAAGUGGUCUUCCAGUAUGGACAAGAGCUCAGAGGGGAGCCUGAAGUACUUGAGGAGACGCUUGGACCAGAUGGGCUACAAACAACACCUUGGACUGGACUCUGUGCCGCUGGUCUCCAAAGUCUUGAGUGACCUGGUGCACACCACCGUGAGUCUGCGUAACGCCAAGCUGUCUGCAGGGAAGAAGACCCACAGUCAUGUCCAACUGGAGACCUGGUCAGACACGUCAAGGGCUGCUGUGUCCACUAGGCUGGACUGUGGAGACCAUGUCCAUGCAGGUGUUGCUAGGAGAGACAAGACCACACAGACUGAUGAAGACCUGCCUCGUCCUCCUCCAUCGCUUGAUGGCGGCGACCAAGCGGUGCUGGCAGACAGCAGGACGGUCGCUCAGCAGGAAGACGUCGACAAAGUCCCGUCUGAGUUGGAAGAACCGUCCCAGCACGUCCGACUGCUCAACAGCCGAGUGGAGGAGCUGCAGGUGAGCAAGCAGAGGCUGGAGCAGGAAGUGCAGAGGCUGACCUCAAAGCACCAGGAUGUGAGUCGGCAACUGGCGCGCAAGGACGCCAUCUUGUGUCAGAUGGAGCUGGCCAAGCAGCAGGUGGAGAACAUGGCCUGGAUGAAGUUGUCUGCCUCCAAGGAAGUCAUUCUUCGGCAACAGGAAGUCAUGAAAGAUCUGCACGAUAACUUGACCCUACUGAGAGAGCAGGAGAAGAUGUUUGCAGAAGAAGGUGUGAGGGAGCAGGUGGAAGGUGAAGAUGACACCCCCUUCCUGGAGGAGGAGAGAAGUGGUGUGCAGGACAAGAUAGUGACAGGCAAAAAUUUGGUGCUGGAGUUGGAGGCCAUGCGAUCCCAAGAUGGCGACUGCGGAAGUCCAAGUGUGGACGAUGCGAUGAAGAGUGAGGAUGAGGCAAGGGAUCAGGACCAGCAGACGACAGAAUGUUCCAGAAGUUUCACCUCCAGUCCUCUUCAGGGCAAAAAGGCCAAGUUUGUACUUGCAGCAACAUUCAACUGUGAUCAAAAGUGAUGCCUCUGGUGUGUUUCCAACCAAUAAACAUCCUCCAUUAAAACCCAGGUGUCUCACUAAAAACGUUGUCAGCGACCCCCCGAGGCGGAACUUUUCAUCCCAAGAAGGUAAACAAGAGAGUUUUGUCCCAACAGAACUAUUCAUCCAUCCUUGUUCUACCACUUGUCCCUCUCGGGGUGGCAAGUGGGUUGGAGCCGAUCCCAGUUGCAC